AGAUUGACUCACUUUGAACUAAUCUCCAUCAUUUAUGCACAGUUGAAAAUUUUCAGAAGCUGAAAGUUUGAAAAAUAACACGUAAAAAUGAGUGCCCCAAAAACUAAAGGAGGUCAAUCUUCAAGAAUGAAGACCAACAAGAAGGAUGAGGAAACCGGGGGAAACGUCUAUGCUCACCUCGAUAAGACCUCCGUUCUUCAGGAAGCUCGCGCCUUCAACGAGACACCGAUCAACGCGAGGAAAUGUUGUUUCAUCUUGUCGAAGUUGAUUUACAUCAUUCAACAAGGAGAAUCAAUCGGAAGAACAGAAGCAACUGAGGCCUUUUUUGGUGUCACAAAGCUUUGGCAGAGCAAGGAUGUCAGUCUACGCCGCAUGGUUUAUCUCGCUGUGAAGGAAUUGGCUGAAGUUUCUGAUGAUGUCAUUAUUGUCACUUCAAGUCUUACAAAGGAUAUGACUGGAAGAGAAGAUCUCUACAGAGCAGCUGCGAUACGUGCUCUUUGCAAGAUUACCGACACUGGAAUGUUGCAAACUAUUGAAAGAUACAUGAAACAGGCUAUCGUUGAUCGAAACAGUGCGAUUUCUUCAUCGGCUAUCGUCUCUUCCAUUCAUUUGAUGCGUAAGUCUUCCGAGGUAGUUCGUCGUUGGGCUAAUGAAGUACAAGAAGCUGUUUCAUCGGACAACCACAUGGUUCAAUACCACGCUCUGGCCCUUCUCUAUCAAAUCCGUGCCAACGAUCGUCUCGCUGUGAACAAACUCGUCCAGAAGUUCAGCAAAAAUGCUCUUCGUAGUCCAUAUGCUGUGUGCUAUUUGAUCCGCAUUGCCACUAGAUGUCUUGUCGAUGACGAUCAUUGCAGGCCAGAUUCUUCUGUUUUCACAUUCAUUGAAUCGUGUCUUCGUCACAAGAGCGAGAUGGUAGUCUAUGAAGCAGCUAGAGCCAUUGUUUCACUUCCACAAACCACUCCAUCGGAGAUUCAGCCAGCAAUCACUGCUCUGCAAAUGUGCUGCACUUCUCCAAAAGCAGCAGUUCGCUUUGCCGCAGUUCGAACUCUCAACAAAGUCGCAAUGGCUCACCCGAACGCAGUUAUGAGCUGCAAUGUGGAUCUUGAGAAGUUCAUAACGGACCCGAACAGAUCUAUUGCAACUCUUGCCAUCACCACCCUCCUCAAGACUGGAGCCGAGUCUAGUGUUGAAAGACUCAUGCAACAAAUCGCUGGCUUCGUAAACGAGAUCUCGGAUGAGUUCAAAAUUGUUGUGGUCGAUGCUAUUCGCUCACUGUGCUCACGUUAUCCUCGAAAGCAUACUGUUAUGAUGCCUUUCCUUGCUAAGAUGUUGCGUAGUGACGGAAGUUACGAUUACAAGAAAGCAAUUGUGGAAACUAUUAUUGCAAUCAUCGAAGAGAAUCCAGAUGCUAAAGUUGCUGGAUUGGCUCACCUUUGCGAAUUCAUUGAAGACUGUGAGCACGAUAAUCUUUCUACUCGUGUUCUUCAUCUCCUCGGGAGAGAAGCUCCAAAAACUCCAAACCCAUCAAGCUACAUUCGAUUCAUCUACAACCGCGUAAUUUUGGAGAGCACCAAAGUUCGGGCCGCUGCAGUUACAGCUCUCGCCAAAUUUGGAGCACAGUGCGUUGAUUUGCGUCCAUCGAUUCAAGUUCUUCUGAAACGCUGCCUUUUGGAUUCUGAUGACGAAGUUCGUGAUCGUGCCACCUUCUACCUCAAAAUGCUUACUGAAGCAGCCGAAGGCCUCAUUCACAACUUUAUUCUUGACGGACUUCAAGUUUCGCCAUCUGGUCUCGAGCGCUCAAUUCUUGACUAUCUCCGAUCCGGAUCUUACUCUUCUCCAUUUGAUCUUCGAGUUGUUCCUGUUACUCAACAAGCUCUUUCUCAACCUGAAAAACGUGUUCCUCAACUUGUGGAAGAAGAAGAGAAACCGAAAGCUCCUAAAGUUGAGCCAUAUGCUGCACAGCUGGCUGCUAUUCCACAGUUUGCUGCUCUUGGUCCAGUCUUCAAGUCAUCUACCAGAAUUGCUCUCACGGAAUCAAUUGCUGAAUACACUGUUCAUAUGAUCAAGCAUACAUUUGCCAAUGCCAUGGUUCUGCAGUUUGAAUGCAAAAAUACAAUGAAUGACCAGCUUCUUCUUGAUGUUUCUGUUGAAUUGGAAGAUCCAGAUGGAGAAUGGGAAACUGGAAAUACUGUUCAAAUUGAUAAACUUCCCUAUGGAGAAGUUCAUUCAGCCUUUUCACUUCUAGAAUUCCCUGAUUCUGGAGCCAUCUCUGGAAGUUUAGGUGCUAUUCUCAAGUUCAAGGUGAUGGAUGUAGAUCCAACUUCCGGGGAACCUGAUUCGGAUGACACAUACGAGCAAACAUAUGUGCUGGAAGAAGUUGAUGUUAAUGUGUCGGAUUCGGUUCAAGGAGUCGCAAAAUCUUCAUUUGGAUCUGCUUGGGAAGCGUUGGGAGACGAUGCAACAAGAGAAGAAACAUUCCAAUUGUCAACAGUGGAAAAUAUUCCUGAUGCUGUCAAGAAAAUAUCUGAAAUUUUGGGACUUGUUCCUUGUGAACGGUCCGAUCGUGUUCCUGAAGGAAAGACGCAACACACAGUGUUCCUUUCCGGAGUUUUUCGUGGUGGAUAUGAUGUUCUUUCGAAAGCCACGGUCGCGGUGGAUCCAAACGACAAUUCAAUUGCCAUGAAUAUUAUUAUCAAAUCGAAUGAACCACUCGUCGCAGAUUUGGUUAUCUCCGCAGUUGUCUAAAAUUAUUCGGGAAUGUCCUGCGCCGCUGUUUUUCUGAUUUUAAAUGUCACCGCAUGUUUUUUUUUCUAAUUUAUUGACCGGCGUUCGACAAUUGUGAUGUAUGUGUGUUUUAAUUGGUAUUUUUGCUUCUUAUUUAUUGUGCGUUUUCGUGUUUAUAGCUAUUGCUUCCAAAAAAAUUGAAAAAAUAAAAUGGGAAGUCUCAUUAUA